GCUAUUAUUCUAGAGAAAGGAAGUAGCUAGCCAGUGUGCUAUCUAGUUAGCUCGCUUCAGAGCCUUGCGGCGAUGCAAGAAUGUUUAGUAAAUUGGCUAUUUUAGUCUAGUAAAAAGGGUGAUUUAUUGAGGAUAAUGGCUGUUUGAAAGCGGCACUCUUUUACACACGGUCACUGCUGAACGUUCGUUGGCUGAUUUUAGGACACUGUUGGCAGCACAGCAGUGUGGCGGACUGAAUGAGGUUUUGAACGACAAACGGGUCCCCAGCUUGUGUUAGCAAGCUAGCGUUAGUUAAUCAGUCUUGAUUUCAUCAAAGAGGGAACUAGCUUACUUCAAAAGCUCCCAUAUACAUUUUCUGUUAACCACGGGGAAUGCAAUCUCGGAAUAUUAUACGAAAAUGAGACCUACAACAACUGGACAAGGCGCAGGGUGGUGAGCGUGUGCGGCAUGCAGAGGCCACUCCCCCUGCCUCAGAAUGAGUGUACAAGACAGCGGCGAGGCAGCUAGCCAGGAUGGACGCUCCUACCUUCUCCAGAUCUACCCUCGGCUGGCGGCCCCGUCCACGGGCUGCUGCAGCCUGCAGGUUCCCAAGGACGCCACGGCCACCGCAGUGGUGCAGGACGCCACUUUGGCCCUGGGCCUGGACCCCGGACGCCUGUACGUGCUGGCCGAGGUGAAGCAGUGUGGCGGGGAGGAGUGGGUGCUGGAGGCAGGGGACCUGCCGGUGCAGAGGGUCCUGCUGUGGCCCCGCAGGGCCCAGGAGCCCCACCCCCCUGGGCAGGGCUUCUACUUCCUGCUCCAGGAGAGGAACAACGACGGCUCCAUCUGCUACGUCCACCUGCCGGCCCUGAGCCGCGAGCGUGAGGCCCAGAGGCUGGCGGCCCGCGGCUUCCUGCCGCCACGCCAGGACGACUGUGAUGACCUCUGCAACCUCCCCGUCCUCAACGAGGACAGCAUCCUGGACAACCUGCGCAACCGCUUCCACAGCAAGAAGAUCUACACCUACGCUGGCAGCAUCCUCAUCGCCAUCAACCCUUUCAAGUUCUUGCCCAUCUACAACCCCAAGUACGUGAAGAUGUACGAGAACCACCAGCUGGGCAAGUUAGAGCCGCACAUCUUCGCCAUCGCGGACGUGUCGUACCACGCCAUGCUGAGGACCCGAGUUAACCAGUGCAUCGUCAUCUCCGGGGAGAGCGGCUCGGGCAAGACCCAGAGCACCAACUUCCUGAUCCACUGCCUGACGGCGCUCAGCCAGAAGGGCUACGCCAGCGGGGUGGAGAGAACCAUCCUGGGGGCGGGGCCUGUGCUGGAGGCAUUUGGAAAUGCAAAGACGGCCCACAACAACAACUCCAGCCGCUUCGGAAAGUUCAUCCAGGUGAACUACCUGGAAAGUGGGGUGGUGAGAGGUGCUGUGGUGGAGAAGUAUCUCCUGGAGAAGUCUCGUCUGGUCUCCCGAGAGAAGAACGAGAGGAACUACCAUGUGUUCUACUACCUCCUGCUGGGUGCUUCAGAGGAGGAGCGCAGAGAGUUCAAACUGCUGCAGCCUGAGGAGUACCUGUACCUCCGACAGGAGAACUUCAGGAUUGAAGAUGAAGAGGACUUGCGUCAUGACUUCGAGCGUCUUCAGCAGGCCAUGGAGAUGGUUGGCUUCCUGGCCGCCACCAAGAAACAGAUCUUCUCUGUGCUGUCUGCCAUCUUGUACCUGGGUAACGUGACAUACAGGAAGAAGGCGACCGGGAGGGAGGAGGGGCUGGAUGUGGGCCCUCCAGAAGUGCUGGCCACCCUGUCAGACCUGCUCCAGGUGAAAGAGGAGCUGUUGGUGGAGGCGUUGACUAAGAGGAAGACGGUUACAGUUAAUGACAAGCUGAUUCUGCCUUACAGCCACAGUGAGGCCAUCACAGCCAGAGACAGCAUGGCCAAGUCUCUGUACAGUGCUCUGUUUGACUGGAUCGUCCUGCGCAUCAAUCACGCUCUACUCAACAAGAAGGAUAUGGAGGAGUCUGUCCCUUGUCUGUCCAUCGGUGUGUUGGAUAUAUUUGGCUUUGAGGACUUUGCCACCAACAGCUUUGAGCAAUUCUGCAUCAACUACGCUAAUGAGCAGCUUCAGUACUACUUCAACCAGCACAUAUUUAAACUGGAGCAGGAGGAGUACCAGGGCGAGGGCAUCACCUGGCACAACAUCGAUUACACAGACAACGUGGGAUGCAUCCACCUGAUCAGCAGGAAGCCCACAGGCCUGCUGUACCUGCUGGAUGAGGAGAGCAAUUUCCCCCAUGCCACUGAUAAGACCCUGUUGGCCAAGUUCAAGCAGCAGCACCAGGGCAACAGGUACUUUGUGCCCACGCCGGUCAUGGAGCCAGCCUUCGUUAUCCAGCACUUUGCCGGGAGGGUCAAGUACCAGAUCACGGACUUCCGUGAGAAGAACACGGACCACAUGCGUCCGGACAUCGUGGCGCUCCUGAGGAGCAGUGACCGGGCGUUUGUGCGGCAGCUGAUCGGCAUGGACCCGGUGGCCAUGUUCCGCUGGGCCGUGCUGCGGGCGGCCGUCCGCGGUCUGGCCGGCUUCAACCAGGCAGGGAGCCGCCGUGCCGCCAGGACUGCAGGUGUUGUGCGCCCCACUUCCAGGACCCCUCUUGGGGAGCUGCAGAGAUCCAACCCUCCUGUGGAGCGGAUUUACAAGCGAGCCUCUCUGCUCGAUUUUUACUUUGACCCCUCUGACGAGAGCCCUCUAGAGGCCUUUGAAGACAUCUUUGCUAGCUAUGAGAGGAAGAAGAAAAACAAGACCAGCAAACAGAAGCAGAGCAUCCCCAAGAGCCUCCUUGACUCCAAGUCCCUGAAGUUCAUCGUGGGUCUGACCCUGCAGGAUCGCACCACCAAGUCCCUGAUGCACCUGCACAAGAAGAAGAAGCCCCCUAGCAUCAGCGCCCAGUUCCAGACCUCCCUGACCAAGCUGCUGGAGACUCUGGGGCGGGCGGAGCCCUUCUUCAUACGCUGCAUCCGCUCCAACGCUGAGAAGAAGGAGAUGUAUCUGGAUGAGGCCCUGGUUGUGCAGCAGCUCCGCUACACAGGCAUGCUGGAGACAGUCCGCAUCAGGAGGUCUGGCUACGGAGCCAAGUACACCUUCCAGGAGUUCAUGGAGCAGUUCAGGGUGCUGUUGCCCAGGACUGCCUCUGCCUGCAGGGACGACAUCUCCGUCCUGCUGGAGAAGAUGUGUCUGGACCACACCACUUACCAGAUAGGAAAGACCAAGGUGUACCUGAAGGAACUGGAGCGUCAGCAGCUGCAGGACACGCUGCACAAGGAAGUGAUGCGCAGGAUCCUCAUCCUGCAGCGCUGGCUCAGAGCCCAUCUGGAGAGGAAGAACUUCCUGGACAUGAGGCAGGCGGCCAUCUUGAUCCAGCGUUGGUGGCGUGGGUGCCUGAGGGAGGAGCGACGCCGGCAGGCAGCCUGUCUGAUCCAGGCGGUGUGGCGUGGGUGGCACCAGAGGUCAAACUUCCUUCUGCAGCGGGAUAGCGCCACCAGGAUCCAGGCCUUGGCACGGGGCCACUCGGCACGCCGAAGAUGUCACUCUAUACGAGAGGAGAAGAGGGAGGAGGAGCUGAGAAGGAUGAAGGAGGAAGAGGAGGCGAGGAGGAGGAAGGAGGAGGAGGAGGCCUGGCUAGCCAGAGAGGCGGAGCGGGAGGCAGAGGACGCCAGGGCGAGGGAGGAAGAGGAGGCUGCCAGACGGAGGCAGGCGGACCAAGAAGCCCUGACAGCCCUGGCAGCCAAUGAGAACCUUGUUAGUGGAGCAAACAAGAAGCUUGUGAAAGAGAGCCAAGACGAGGAUGACAUGUCUGUGGCCAGCACCCUGCCCAGAGAGGAGGAGAAAGGAGAGGCUGUGACCAGCCCCCUGCCCAGAGAGGAGGAGGAGGAUGAGGGGCUGGGGGAGGAAGAGGAGCGCGGGACUAACCCUGAUAUUGAGUCUAAUGGUUCUCAGUCUGAGGCUGCAGCCCAGCUGGAGGAGGAGCCAGGCCCAGAGAAGACCCAGUCUGAGGGACUCCGGCCGAAGACGACAGCACAGCAGACCCAUACCUGUCGGGCUUCCCCCCUAGAUGUCCCCGCAGACGGCCAGCCGGGGCAGAGCAAACCCCGGCCCCCCCAGCUCCACAGAGGCCUCGCCUCCCGCAGCCAGGAGAAGAGGGAGCUGAGGAGGCAGCGAGGCCUGGAGCACAGCCAGAGAGAGAGCCAGAGAGCUGCCAGUAGGGAGGACCCCAGCCCCCCAACCAGGGAGGACCCCAGCCCCCCAACCAGGGAGGACCCCAGCCCCCCAACCAGGGAGGACCCCAGCCCCCCAACCAGGGAGGACCCCAGCCCCCCAACCAGGGAGGACCCCAGCCCCCCAACCAGGGAGGACCCCAGCCCCCCAACCAGGGAGGACCCCAGCCCCCCAACCAAGGAGGACCCCAGCCCCCCAACCAGGGAGGACCCCAGCCCCCCAACCAGCGAGGACCCCAGCCCCCCAACCAAGGAGGACCCCAGCCCCCCAACCAAGGAGGACCCCAGCCCAACAACCACGGAGGACCCCAGCCCCCCGCCCAAGGUCAAAGGUCACCAGGCACCCAGUGGGUCAGAGGUCAAGCUGAAGGAGCGAGCGGACAGCAAGGAGCUGGAUCAGUACACUUUCGUAGCCUGGAAGGGGAAGAGGGAGGACCAGAGAGAGGCUAGGUCCUUGUCCUCCCCUGGCCCGGCGAGGCCCACCUCCCUGCCCCUACAGCAGCCCAGCAGGAACGGGCAUGGCGAGGCUGUCGGCCUACAACGCUACCAGCGGCCCGGCGGCAUGAAGGAGAAGUGGAGGGGGGGGAGGAGGAGCGAUGGGGGGGGUAGCCCCGGCCCGCCCCUCAGCAAGGACGACUGGAGGAAGAAACCUCUUCAGACCCAGACCUCCUCAGAAGCAUCGUCUCCUGGGUCGUCCCAGCACAGCACCACCUCCAACACAGAGGUACCGUCUCCUGCUGACUGCCUCUCAGACAUUUCCAAGAGCAGCUCGAUACGGAGGAGGAGCCAGAGCAGCCCCGCCCCCCCAGACUCAUGCCAGCCUCUAGCCUCUACACCAGAGAGGUCCAGUGGGUUUCUGAGGAAGAUCUUGAAGAAGAAGCCUCCUAAAGAGCCCCAGACCCUGGAGGAUGGAGACCAGAGCCAGACCCUGGCUGAGCGGGCAGCAGGGGAAGCCGCGCUGCAGCCCCCCUCCCGCCCUCAGACGGCCGGGAAAGCCCUGGGGCGGAAUCCCACGCUGAAGAUCAGCCGGGCCACCAGAGUCACUGAGAAGUGGAACGCCUCCCUGGACCGCGAGAUCACCAACACCAACGAGCUCCGACACCUGGACGAGUUCCUGGGGAAUCAGGUGAACGAUCUGCGCUCCCGAGGGAAGCAGCUUUCAGCCACGGAGCACAUCUUCAUCAAUGCCACCAUGCAGUUCAGAGAGACCAUCAAGGGCAUGUACUCUCUCCCAAAGCCUCACAUCGGCUACAAAGGUUUGAUGAAGGGCUACCAGCACCGCGUGGUCAGCCUGGCGGGGGACAGGCAGCAGGCAGAGGUGCCGCUGGUAGUCAACCUCUUCCAGUCCAUCCUGGACGGGUUCAAGGGGGAGAUCAAGAAGGAGGAGGCCGAGCCUGCAAAGCCGGCCAAAGCUCGCAAGAAGAGACGGAAGAAAGACAAGAGUUUGGAGAGCCCCCUGGACCACAUGUUCAGCUCCUACCAGGUGAACAUCAUGCAGUCAUGUGACCAGUGCACCUCCUACAUCUGGGGCAUGGAGAAGGCUUACAUGUGCAGCUAUUGUAAAAUGGUUUGCCACAAGAAGUGCCUGUCCAAGAUAGUCACAGACUGCUCCACAUUCUGCACCAAGAAGAGUGACGAGGAGCCUAGCGGGCUGCACUUCGGUGUGCGGGUGUGUCACCUGACCAGCGACAAGAACCCGGUUCCCGUGGUGAUGGAGAUGAUGCUGGAGCACGUGGAGAUGAAUGGGCUGUACACCGAGGGCAUCUACCGCAAGUCCGGCUCCGCCAACCGCAUGAAGGAACUCCACCAGAUCCUGGAGAAUGGCCCUGGCUCCGUGUGCCUGGAGGACUACCCCCUGCACACGGUCACUGGCCUGGUGAAGCAGUGGCUCCGGGAGCUGCCUGACCCCCUCAUGACCUUCAACCACUACAGUGACUUCCUCCGGGCUGUGGAGCUCCCAGACAGACCGGAGCAGCUCCACACCAUCUACAAGGUCCUGGAGCAGCUCCCCAGCGCCAACUUCAACACCCUGGAGAGACUCAUCUUCCACCUUGUCAGGGUGUCUAAAGAGGAGGCCCACAACCGCAUGUCUCCCAACUCGCUGGCCAUCGUGUUCGCUCCCUGCAUCCUCCGCUGUCCCGACAGCGCAGACCCACUGCUGAGCAUGAAGGACGUCGCCAAGACAACCACCUGCGUGGAGAUGCUGAUCAGAGAGCAGAUCAGAUGCUACAAUGAGAAGAUGGAGGAGAUCGAGCAGCUGGAGUUUGCUGAAGCCCUGGCCGUCAACCAGCUCAGACUCAACAGACAGAACACGCACUGGCAUUUACCUCUCAGGUUCUCCCCUCCGUACAGAGGAGAGGUGGUGCAUGAGAAGGAGAAGGCGACCUCUGACCUGUGUGCCGUUCCCGAGGAUGAGCCCCUGGACUCAGACACAGAGUCCAAGAGCCUGAUGGAGCGCAUCAAGUCCAUCAAGCAGGAAAAGGAGGACCUGGCCUGCAGACUGCCAGAGCUGGAGCAGCCUGGUUCUGACCAGGAGAACCUGGACUCUGAGGCCUCAGUCAGCUCUGAGAGCCUGCUUGAGGAACGUGCCCAGGGCUCGGAGGCUGAAGGUGAAGGCUCCAUGCUGAGGAGGUCUAAGCCGCCUUCCCUUCCAAAGCCCUCAGAACUGUCCCUGAGGCUCCAGCCCUGCAGUGGGCCCUCCUCUCAUCUUCCCCCCUCCUCUCAUCCCCCCUCCUCUCCUCCCCUUUCCUCUCUCUCCUCCUCCCCGUUUGGCUCUGCCUUCAGGCUCCAGCUGCAGCGUCGACAGCCUCUCCUCCAACCCCGCACACCAGCCCCAGCCUCUACUCCAGCUUCAGUCGCAGCCUCUACACAUGCUUCUAUCCCAGCCCCACGACAGCCCUCAGCCUCACGAUCUGCCCUCAGCGGCCCCGGCCUCCGAGGCUUUGGGGUGGUGAGGAGGAGGGAGCAGCCUGGCCGUCGCAAGGACGUCAUCCAGUCUGUGUACAUAAAGAACCCCAGAGAGCAGCAGCCUCCAGCAGCCUCCUCCACCCCGGGCUUCCAGGCCCCUGGCUGCUCCCACAGACGACACUCAGACCCAGACCUCCCCCCAUAGACCUCCCCUCAGACCUCCCCCCUCAGACCUCCCCUCCAGACCUCCCCUCAGACCUCCCCUCCAGACCUCCAUCAUAGACCUCCCCCCUCAGACCUCCCCUCCAGAACUCCCCUCCAGACCUUCCCUCAGACCUCCCCUCCAGACCUCCCCUCAGACCUCCCCUCCAGACCUCCAUCAUAGACCUCCCCCCUCAGACCUCCCCUCCAGAACUCCCCUCCAGACCUUCCCUCAGACCUCCCUCCAGACCUGGAAGUUGAGGUGGGGUGCUUGGCUUGUGUACCCUUAACAACAUUGUCAUGGCAACAGCACACAGACACCCUGGAUUCUGUAUACGCACCUGUGACUCGAUGAUGAGACAUACAGGAAACAGGAUAUGAUGUCACCUAGCACUUUUUUCUAUACUAUUAAUAUAUUGUUGUUGUUGUUGGAUUUUAAAUAGAGAGAAUGAAAGCAGAUUUUUUGGUUGCAUGGACCGAUAUUACUUUUUUCUUUUUUUUAAAGUGUUUUUUUGGUCUUAUUUUUUAUUUGUGUGGAAACAUUGCAGGUUAUUGCACCUUUCUCUUCCAUCCUAGUGUUCCUGAGGGGCCAGGCCAGGAUGGCUCUGUACCACAUGGUGCCAUUGGACAAACUCAUAGGUUCUUUUUACCUGUAAUCAUUGAUAAAUGCAGGAGGGGAGUGUAAUUUUUGUAUUUUUCAUGUUUAAUGUGUUUAAUGUACAGACUCCAGACACAUGUAUGCAAGACCAUACACACAUACCUGGAGGGUGAUCAGGUGCCUUAUCAGAGUCAAUGGAUCAUAGUUGUGCUAUGCCCCUCUAACCCUCACCCCUACCCCCAUUCUCACGUCUCGUCCCCCCCACCCCUCAUCCCUACUAAGGACGAGGACCAACUUUAACUUGUCAAAGGGAACAUAGUAGCAGCCCUAUCACAUCCUUGAAGACAUGCUAGCCCUAUCACAUCCCUGAAGACAUGCUAGCCCUAUCACAUCCCUGAAGACAUGCUAGCCCUAUCACAUCCCUGAAGACAUGCUAGCCCUAGCCCUAUCACAUCCCUGAAGACAUGCUAGCCCGUGUCUGUACCGAUGGCCGUGGCGACAUGCUAGCGGUCUGCACCGAUGGCCGUGCGUGGCCCAAGUCCUCCCCACUGCUGUCAUUGACGGGUGCUGUGGCUCUCCAGAGCCUGUUACGCCAACAUGUUCAUAUGUAAUACUAAUGUAUGCGUGUCUCCUCUUCAUCAUAGUCUCGCCUCUCUGGCACUGUUGUCCGAUGUCCUGUCUUACUGAGUACAUGCUUGGGUUGCUGGGAGUGAAUGGUUGAGAUUGAAUGAUGUGAGCUGUAGUGGAUAAACAGGACAAUACAGGACAUGCUUGUACCCUCUGCUUCAGUGUUGUCAUUCCAAACUCUCACCCUUAAAGGGACAGUUUACUCAAAUUCCGAAGCAUUUCAGGAUGUUAGAUAUGGAUAAAAAAAAAACUAACAGAUAAUAAAAGGAGAUUUUGUGUUUGA